AUGGUCAACCCACCUUCAGGCUACGCCGACAUCCACACCUACGCCAAAGACCUUAUAGCAUUCCUGCAUGAGCCACUCUCGGUACAAAUUACAGGCGGCAUACACGUCAACGACGCUUUCAUCUACAACGCAUGGUCAAAACUCCCCGCUGCAUGGACGAAAUGGUGGGACUCUUUGCCUUCACCCCAACACGCUCAAAAAGACCUCAUCAACAGUCUUCGCAAUGAACCUUCAGCUAGACUCGACGAUUUACCUGGCCGACCAGAGAGUUUGCAGCAGUGGUUGCAGCGGAUACGAACACUCAGUCUUGAGCGCGAGCAGUUGGUGCUUCCUGCCUGCAUCCCUGAAGUUCGGGUUCCAGAGGUGUUGGCGCAGAAAAUGGUGACGAAAAAGCUGGCGGAAGUCAAAGCGGGAGCGAGGUAUAUCAACCACAUCUGCAAAACGCAGAAUAUCACGAGAGUGAUUGAUAUAGGCAGUGGACAGGGGUAUCUGUCUUUGACUUUGGCCGCUGCUUGCGGGCUCAAGGUGUUGGCCAUCGAUGGCAGUGCCUCUCAGAUCCAAGGGUCGAAAGCUGCAGCUCGACAAGCUGGACUGAAGGAAGAUGAGGACGUUACGCAUCUCGUUCGCUACGUCACUGGCACUGACGAACUAGCAGAGGAAAUCUCAGCUUGGGCACAGGGAGAGAGAUGCCUCCUCGCUGGCCUUCACGCUUGUGGCUCUUUAUCCGAACACAUGCUGCGGCUUUCAACCCUCGUGCCUGAGAUUUCUCAUGCAGCAGUGGUGGGUUGUUGUUUCAACCACAUCAAACCACUCUCUGUUUCUCACCCCGAUGGCUUCCCGAUCUCAACUUUCAUGCGGGAAAAUGAGCUAAAACUAUCGCCAUCGGCAUUGGUGACUGGAUGUCAAGCUCCCACUAAUUGGCCACCGCAACCGCCGAACUCGGUGUUUGGGAGAAAAGCUUUUUAUCGCGCUGUUCUUGAGAAAUUACUGCACGAUAAGCAAGUUUUGGCGCUAGGGCAGCAGCAGCAGCAAAGACCGGUUUGGGGGAUUAGGACUGGGGAUUUGGCUUCCUUUUAUGCUUAUACUUCUCGUGCUUUAUCUUCUUUGAACCUCACUCUUGGCAAAGACGUCACUGAAGAAGAGAUUGCAGGGUAUGAGAGGAGGUUUGAGAAAAGAAAAGGAGAGAUAGCGGUGUUGCAAACGUUAUCGGUAUUGCUGUGUAGAGUUGUGGAAAGUGUUAUUGCGAUUGAUAGAGUGAUGUUUUUGGAAGAAAGAGGUAUGGAAGAGGUGGAUGUGGUGCCGGUAUUUGAAUAUAAAGAGAGUCCGAGAAAUUUGAUGGUUGUCGGGAGGAAGAAAUGCAGAGAGAACUCAAUAUUGGAGUGUUGGCUAGAGAGAUGA